AUGGUAUAUCUCAAAACCGUCACCUACAAAGGCAAGGACCGAUCCUCAAAGAAUGCCAAGCUGAGUCCAAGAUACAUGGGGCCGUACAAGACCCUGGAAAGGAUUGGAAAAGUCGCCUACAAACUGGAACUGCCCUCAUCGAUGGCUCAGUUCCAUAACGUGUUCCAUGUAUCCUUGCUGCGAAAAUGCAUAAGGAAUCAAGAAAAUGUGGUUCCUGAACCACCAUUUGACUUGAGAGAGAACCUUACUGUGGAGGGACGACCAGUCCGGAUCAUUGGUAGAAAAACCAAACCUGAAGGCAGAAAGAAUAUCAAAAUGAUCCAAGUCGUUUGGGACUGCGAUGGACAAGAGGAAACGACUUGGGAGCCAGAGGCGAGAAUGAAAGCUGAGUUUCCAAAGUGGUUCGACAAACUUAAGGAAGGUGCAGGAAGAAAGACUCGAGGACGAGUCUGA